AUGUUCAACAAGCAGAUUUGGCACAAGGUCUCGCAGAAAUGCAUCAGGGAGCCCAUCUAUGGCACAGAGGCGUUGUACUUUCGCAAUGUCUACAACCCCAACACGGUGCGAGUCAAUGGCGAGAAGGUGGAAGCGGAGACCUUCAAAAAUACCUUCCGACGCCAUGUGGAGGAGCUCAGCCAUGCAGUGCCUUACUUGGAAUGCCUGGAGCGCCGUCAGCUGAAUGCCUGGAACCUCUUCAAGAACGAAUUGGUGGAGAAGGGCCUGGAGAACCGUGGCCUUGGGGAGCUGCGGCUCCACUGGCAGGACACCGACAAUUUGGAAAUGCUCAACAAGCUUCAGUCCUUGAUGCUGCGUGGAGUGCCAAGUGCUUUACGGCCUCAGGUGUGGGCCGAGGUGACACUCGCAUCGCGGGUCUCUGCGACCGAUGGAGCCGGUCAAACCCGCGACUAUGCCGACGAGGAGGAGUUGGCUCUUGCGGCUGAAAAGGAAUACCAGGCGUUGCUCGCCCGAGGGAUGGAGCUGAACUCCGAUGCCAUGCAUCAGCUGCACGAGGAUGUGAUCCUGACACGUCAUUGGACCGUUACGACGUUGGACAACACGUUGGUGCGAUGCUCGGGACGACUUCCUUGCAAUGACUUGCUAAAGCUAUAUAGAACCAUCCGAUUCUUAGGGAUUCUUAACGCAUAUCUUGGCAUGUUCGCAUCUGGAAAAGCAUGUCGGUUCGAGUUUUGA